UGCUGGUAUACAUAUUUCGCCAUUUUCUUUUCAUCGUAGACCAAAGUCGAAUAAAUUUUAAUAGCUGAGAAGCGAGGAAAAUUAAGUUUCUUAAUUCGAAUUUAGGAAAAAUAGUAAAAAAAAAGAAAGAAAAACUUAAAGAUAUGUCUGAUUAUCGUUCACAAUCACGUGACGGCUACCGUGACGGUGGCCGCGGUCAUACUGGUGAAGAUGAUCCGCCAAUGUCUAGGUUAUUUGUUAUAUGCAAUAAAGCUCAUACCGAGGAACAAUUUCGUGAAACAUUUUCUCCAUUUGGAGAAAUUGAAGACAUUUGGGUAGUUAAAGAUAAGCAAAGCGGCGACAGUAAAGGUAUCGUUUAUAUAAAAUUUACUAAAACGUCUGAUGCAGCUAAAGCUCAGGAAGAAAUGAACGGCAAGCCGAUGGGAAAUGUAGACAGGCCCUUAAAAGUGUUGGUUGCUGCAAAUCGCAAUCAGGGUUCGAACAAAGUAGAAAACGAACAAGAGAAGUACGUGCGUCUUUUUAUUGUCACUUCUAAAAAUGCCACUGAGGAUGAAUUGCGUAACGAAUUUGCACAAUGGGGUCCAGUAGACAGCGUAACAUUAGUCAGAGAUAAAAAUACUGGCAAUCCUAAGGGUUUCGGAUAUAUACGUUACACGAGGUUUUAUCAUGCUGCUUUGGCUUUUGAAAAUUGUGCCUCAAAGUACAAAGCGGUAUUUGCUGAACCGAAAAACUCGACGCGCAAUCAGCGCGAUCAGUAUGGACGACUUCCUGAUGAUGGACCCGUUAGCGGAGGACGUGGUGGAGGCGGUGGGGGCUAUGGAAAUGGUGGCUUUGGAUCCAAUAAUAUGGGGGGUUAUAAUAAUGGCGGCGGAUUUAAUGAUUGGACUAAUCUUUCCAGCAACACUGAUAUGGCUGCUUUUCUGCGCAUGCAAAAUGUUCCCGUACCGCAACCGACAUGUUUAGAAGUUAUUGCUAGUAAUAGCGUAAAUCAAGAUCAACUAUGGAGAUUAUUUGAUAUCAUACCUGGUUUAGACUACUGUCAAAUUACUAGGGAAUAUGGACCAAGAACAAAUGAGGCUAUAGUAGUUUACGACAAUCCUGAAGCAGCCAUUUAUGCAAAGGAUAAGCUACAUGGUUUAGAAUAUCCAGUGGGAGAACGUAUCAUCGUCAAAGUGUCUGGCAUGAGCUCUUCACGCAUAGAUACAUCUUUUAUUGACAAACGCACCAGAAAGGAUUCAAUUUGCAAUGUGCCUUUGCCACCGGCCCAACCGUUAGCGUCAAGUGAUGCACCAGUGGCUCAACGAUUGUUCAUCGUAUUGGCAUCGAAUCUUCCCCAAACUAUUUUGAAGAGCGUUUUCUCUUGUUGGAAGGACUUAAUUGAUGUCUAUUUGCUGCCUAAUAAAAAUUGUGGAUAUGUUAAAUAUGCCGAUAGAGACAGUGCCAAAAAGGCAAUUCAAAUUUUAAAUGGUGCCGAAAUAUGUGGUACCAAAAUUAAGGUUAUGGAAGCUGAAGACAGAGGCAAUGGCAGUGAUGGUGACGAUAGUGGUCGUAAACGAUUGCGCAGAAAUUAAGCACCACAGAUGGACAAAACUGUAAGAAACAAACGUAUUAAAAAACUACCUUACAAUGAAAUAAUUUAUAAAAACAAAAAAAAACAUUAACUGACCACCAACCUAGAAAACGAAAAGCAAUCACCGGAUACAUGAACCAAACGGAUACAGAAGAUAAUAUAAUGAUAUCAAAUCAAUAACCGAAAUAGUUCUCAUUCACGGACCACUACCAUCAACUCUCUAUUGUUGUCUCUAUGAUCUUCUAAUUCCGAAUCUGAAUUUUAUUAUAGUUUAGGAAUAGACUAGAAAACGGGGGAUGCAUGUAGCACACACACACAAGAAUAAACGGAAUACGGAGAAGAGACCCUUGGAAGUUAUAACCACAACUAUAAUAACAACAACAACAACCAUUAAAACUAUUACAGCUACCAACUACCGAAAUAUCACCCAAAUAUCCC